AUGAUUGACCGGUAUAAACAUCAACAACUUCGAAUUGGCCUAGUUUCUCCUCAACAAAUAAAGGCUUGGGCCAAUAAAAUCUUACCUAAUGGAGAGAUAGUUGGAAAGGUGACAAAGCCCUAUACGUUUCAUUAUAAGACCAAUAAACCGGAAAAAGAUGGAUUGUUUUGUGAAAGAAUCUCUGGACCCAUAAAAAGUGGAAUUUGUGCUUGUGGAAAUUAUCGAGUGAUUGGAGCUGAAAAAGAAGACCCGAAAUUUUGUGAACAAUGUGGGGUGGAAUUUGUUGAUUCUCGGAUACGAAGAUAUCAAAUGGGAUACAUAAAACUUGCAUGUCCAGUGACUCAUGUGUGGUAUUUAAAACGUCUUCCUAGUUAUAUUGCGAAUCUUUUAGAUAAACCCCUUAAGGAAUUAGAAGGCUUGGUAUACUGCGAUUUUUCUUUUGCUAGGCCCAUAGCUAAAAAACCUACUUUCUUACGAUUACGAGGUUUAUUCGAAUAUGAAAUCCAAUCCCGGAAAUACAGCAUACCACUUUUUUUUACUACCCAAGUCUUCGAGACAUUUCGAAAUCGAGAAAUCUCUACAGGAGCAGGUGCUAUCAGAGAACAAUUAGCCGAUUCAGAUUUGAGAAUUAUUAGAAGUAAUUCAUUGGUAGAAUGGAAGGAGUUAGGGGAGGAGGGUUCCACUGGAAAUGAAUGGGAAGAUAGAAAAAUUAGAAGAAGAAAAGAUUUUUUGGUUAGACGCAUGAAAUUAGCUAAACAUUUUAUUCGAACAAAUGUAGAACCAGAAUGGAUGGUUUUGUGCUUAUUACCAGUUCUUCCUCCCGAAUUGAGACCAAUCAUUCAGAUAGAUGGGGGUAAACUAAUGAGUUCGGAUAUUAAUGAACUCUACAGACGAGUUAUUUAUCGGAAUAAUACUCUUACCGAUUUAUUAGCAACAAGUAGAUCUACGCCGGGGGAAUUAGUAAUGUGUCAGGAAAAAUUGGUACAAGAGGCCGUGGAUACACUUCUUGAUAAUGGGAUCCGUGGACAACCAAUGAGGGAUGGUCACAAUAAAGUUUACAAGUCAUUUUCAGAUAUAAUUGAAGGUAAAGAAGGAAGAUUUCGUGAAACUCUGCUUGGUAAACGUGUCGAUUAUUCGGGACGUUCCGUUAUUGUCGUGGGUCCUUCGCUUUCAUUACAUCAGUGUGGAUUACCUCGAGAAAUAGCAAUAGAGCUUUUACAAACAUUUGUAAUUCGUGGUCUAAUCAGACAACAUGUUGCUUCUAACAUAGGAAUUGCUAAAAGUAAAAUUCGGGAAAAAGAACCCAUUGUAUGGGAAAUACUUCAAGAAGUUAUGCAGGGGCAUCCUGUAUUAUUGAAUAGAGCACCCACCCUGCACAGAUUAGGCAUACAAGCAUUCCAACCUAUUUUAGUGGAAGGGAGCGCUAUUUGUUUACACCCAUUAGUUUGUAAGGGUUUCAAUGCAGACUUUGAUGGGGAUCAAAUGGCUGUUCAUGUACCUUUAUCUUUGGAAGCUCAAGCGGAGGCUCGUUUACUUAUGUUUUCUCAUAUGAAUCUCUUGUCUCCAGCUAUUGGGGAUCCUAUUUCUGUACCAACUCAAGACAUGCUUAUUGGACUCUAUUUAUUAACAAUCGGAAAUCGUCGAGGUAUUUGUGCAAAUAGGUAUAAUCCAUAUAAUAGUGGAAACUACCAAAAAAAAAUAGUUAAUAAUCAUAAUAAUAACUAUAGGUAUAUGAGGGAAAAAGAACCCUAUUUUUCUAGUUCCUAUGAUGCACUUGGAGCUUAUCGACAGAAAAGAAUCAGUUUAAAUAGUCCUUUGUGGCUCCGAUGGAGACGAGAUCAACGUGUCAUUGGUUCAAGAGAAGUUCCCAUCGAAGUUCAAUAUGAAUCUUUAGGUACUUAUCAUGAGAUUUAUGGGCACUAUCUAAUAGUAGGAAGUAUAACAAAAGAAAUCCGUUCUAUAUACAUUCGAACUACUCUUGGUCAUAUUUCUUUUUAUAGAGAAUUAGAAGAAGCCAUACAGGGUUUUUGUCGAGCCUACUCAUACGCUAUCUAA